AUGUCGUCGCCAUCGAUUUUGAGGUGGCUGGUGUCACCAGCGCUCCAUGAGGCGAAGUACUUCGAAUUCGACCUAUUCGGUGUUCGGUACCUCAAAGCCGAGAAGUUCGCCAUCACUCAGUUCAGUGUCCAGACUAUAUUCUACAAGUUGAGGUCGGCUCUUUGUCUGAAUGGUUUCACUUCUCAUCAGCUCGAGUUGAUUCAGUUGGUCACGGGAAAGCGUUUUGAAGAACUUUCUUAUGUUUGUUUUGGUGGCUCCGAGCUCGGCGAUGGCUCCGAGCUCGGCGAAACUUCUUGUUCGCGGCACCUAGUCAUAUAUAUGGACUCCAAGAAUGACAGGGACUUACUUAUGAAACAGGGGAAAGAUAAUUACCUUAAAGAAACAGAGAUGAAAAUCAGAGCUGCAAUUGAGUUUCGCCAUGACAUUGACUUUCUUUCUUCUGCACAAAAGUUGAAUGAAGAAAUCGAGCUCGGCGAUGGCAUCGAGCUCGGCGAUGGCUCCGAGCUCGGCGAUGGCAUCGUCAUGCACUGCUGGGUUCCCAAAACUCACGUCCGCUCCAAGCCUACGCUGCUUUUAAUACAUGGCUUCGGAGCCAAUGCAAUGUGGCAAUUCAAUUACUUCGUCCCUCAAUUGAAGUCCAAGUUCAAUGUCUACGUCUCAGACCUCCAAUUCUUCGGCAACUCCUACGCGACCCGACCUGAGAGGACCAAGGCGUUUCAGGCCCAGUGCGUCAGGGCUCUUAUGGAUGCGCUCAAUGUUACCAAUAUGGAUCUUAUGGGGAUGAGUUACGAUGGUUUCGUAGCCUAUAGCAUUGCGGCACGGUUCAAGGAACGCGUGGGGCGAGUCGUGUUGGGAUGCGCGGGAGUGUGCUCGGGGAAGAGGGACACAGAGAAAGGGUUGUUUCAGCUGAGUGUGGAUGAUGCCGUUAAUAUUUUGAUGCCUCAGAAUCUCGAGAAAGUGAAAGAGUUGGUGGGACCGCCGUUUCACAAACCUCCACCCACCUGCCCAAAUUGUUUCCUAAAUGAUUUUAUUAAGGGCAAUUGCUUGCUUUAUAAGUAUGUGAUUGGCCAGAAGAAGAAGAAGAAAUAA